UCCCCACGGCUUCUGCUUCUGCCUUCUAUCCUCUUCCGCGUUUCUUUUGACGAGUGGAAAAGAGAAGAAAAACAAAUUAGUUUUUUUUUUUUAAUUUUUUAAUUGGGUGUAGAAGGGAUUUUAGGGUUUAGAAAAUCAAUAGCAUAUGGUUGCAGAUGAUAUGAUUUGAUAUGUAGGAGAAGUGCAUCAUCAACGGCUUUGGUUCUCUAUCUUCUUAUGCCUAUUCUCUAAGGUGUGUAUAUAAGAUUGUUCUGUUGAAUUGAGUUAUGGAAUGGCAACCUUGAAUCCAGCAGCAGCAAGAAUUUGAGGUAACAUGGUUGAUUCUCUUCUCACUGUUCUGUCAAUGGAGAGUCAUCACCCAUCCACACUCCUGUCCAUGGAUUCAAGUGCAUCUUCUCAUGAGGAACUUGAUUUGGAGAUGAAUCCACAAAUCAUACUUUCUCGUCCGCCCGAUAUCAAUUUGCCCCUCUCCGCAGAGCGCAGCCCCCCGCCACAGCUGUGGAAUUCUGAUACCUGUGAUAUCCUUGAUGUUGGACUUAGUACUCAGGGAUACGAGGCCGAGACUUUUCUCAACCCUCCUAAAGCUGGCAAGAAGUGCUCAAAGCGAAUUGAUAGCAUAUGGGGUGCUUGGUUUUUCUUCAAGUUUUACUUUAAGCCUGUGUUGCACGAGAAAUCAAAGGCCGUGGUCAUAAGGGACAGCAAUGGCAUUUCAGGGUUUGACAAAACUGAUCUUAAGCUUGAUGUCUUUAUGGUUCAACAUGACAUGGAAAACAUGUACAUGUGGGUUUUCAAGGAGAAGCCUGAAAAUGCAUUGGGAAAGAUGCAGCUGAGGAGUUACAUGAAUGGGCACUCUCGUCAAGGGGAGCACCCGUUUCCAUUUAGCGUUGAGAAGGGUUUUGUUCGAUCCCAUAGGAUGCAACGGAAGCAUUAUAGAGGUCUUUCAAACCCACAGUGCGUCCAUGGCAUCGAAGUUGUUCCAUCACCCAAUCUGUCAGGCAUCGAUAAGGAAGAGCAGAAAAGGUGGAUUGAACUCACUGGCCGAGAUUUUAAUUUCAAGAUUUCUCCUGAAGCAAGUGAUUUCAGCUCGUGGAGAAAUCUUCCCAACACAGACUUUGAACUUGACAGACUGCCUCAUCCAAUCAAGACUCCUAAUCCUCACCCUAAGAAAAUGCUUAAUGGAUCCGGGCUGAAUUUAUCAUCAACAACUCUGUCUAACCACAGUAAUGGUGACAACCAUGAUCUGUCUCCUGUCAGUGGCAAGAAGAGGAAAGACUUUUUCCUUUAUAGUAAUUACGAAGAAUGUUACUUGCCGAUUAAUCCUCCAUCUGAUCGGAUUGCAAAUAUAUCUGUUCACCCAAGCGAACCGGGCUGGUUGAAUGACUUUACUGGUGUGAUGAAGAAUGUUUGUGGACCCGUUACAGCUGCAAAAACCAUAUAUGAGGACGAGGAAGGCUACUUGAUUAUCAUCAGCCUGCCAUUUGUGGAUCUUCCAAGAGUGAAAGUUUCGUGGAGGAACACUCUCACCCAUGGUUUCAUAAAAGUUUCUUGUGUGAGCACAUCCGGGAAGCAAUUUAUCAAGAGAAAUGAUAGGACAUUCAAGCUUACAGAUCCGUCGCCAGAGCACUGCCCUCAUGGAGAGUUUGUCCGUGAAAUCCCUCUUUCAACUCGAAUUCCCGAAGAUGCCAACAUCGAAGCAUACUAUGAUGGGCCAGGAUCCGCGCUCGAGAUCAUGGUGCCAAGACUCCGGGCAGGAGCGGAAGAGCAUGAGGUUCGUGUUUGCCUCCGGCCUCAUCUAGGAGGAAAUGAUCUUAAUGUUGACUUGAGUUAACAAAUUUGGGUUGCAAGCAUGGUCCUUAAAUCUUAAAUCAUUGUUUUACUAACUUGUGUCCCUUUGUAAACUAUAAUACAAAUGUGCACCUCACAAUUUUUUCCCCAUCCAUACUAACUGCCAUAUGGUUUUACUUUUUGGGGGAUCCAUGCAUCUAUUAUUGUUAGCUUUCGAUUGUAAUCAUUCUUUAUCUUUGAACAUCCAUUCCUGAUCAGUUUAUAUGAAAUUAUUUAGUGUUACCUUA